AUGCCUGACCAGUUCUCAAACGUCGCAAAUAAUUUUUCAAAGCAAAAAUGGUAUGAUACAAGCUUGGAAUUUGCUGAGGCAUGUACCUCACUCGCAUGGCCGGUGACACGUUUCGUGUAUGCUGGAGACAAAGCUGGUAGAUUACAUUGUAUAGAUUGCGAUGGACCUUGCCCGGUUCCCGUAGCCACUACACUAGUCUCUUCAUCCAGAGUCUCAUCUCUGACCCUUAACAGAUCAGCUGACCUUUUUGCAUCCACCUCGGCUGAGGACAGCUUCGUGAGCAUUGGUACUACUGAUCCAGAAAGUGGUGUGUUUGGUACCUCCACAGCACAGUUGAAAUGUUCAAAACGACCUCUAUGUGCGCUUUUUAUGGAUGAUGAGCGGACUAAGCAGAGCUUAGUGCUAGUAGGAUCAUCGUCUGGAAUCCAUAUCGUAGAUGCGCAGAGCGGAGCUAUAUUUCGAUUUCUGACAAGCAAAGGUGGUGCCACAUCUCUGUAUUCCUGGCUAGGAUGUAUGGUGGCGGCCGGAGAAAGUCGAGGUGGUGUGACACUUUGGGAUGCUCGAGUAAAUGAGUCAGUUGCUCAUUUCACAACAUCCUCGCUGAAUGCUAAACGUUCUGUAUUCGCCGUAGAUGGCGCUGCGCGUGUUCUAGCAUUGGCUGGUGACUCCGGUAUGGUUCAUCUCUACGAUAUUGCUGCGCGAAAGGAGAUUGUGAAGAAAAAAAUCUCACCAAGUGAUGUGAAAGUGAUGAGUUUUUCACCGAGGAUGAGGCUAUUAUUGGCUGCUGAUGUUCAAAGGUUACGGAUGGUUAACCUCUGUGAUAUCACAUUCACAACAUUUCCACCUCCAACACAUAAAAUUUUGAAUCUGCAAUCAGUUACUGGAAUGCUCUGGGAUCCAACAACCUGUCGAUUUGUGGUUCGUGGAACGGAUAAGUUGUUGCGUUUAUACCGAUUAGAUGAAACCGAUAGUGAAGGAAGUUGA